AGGGGAAGCGCCGAGGGGGAGGCGCCGCCCGGGCGGGCGCCCCGCCGGCCGCAGGAAAGUGAAAGGGCCGCCGGGGCCUGGGCGCGCCGCCCCAGGAAGUCGCGAGCAGGAAGCGCCCGCGGCGGCGGGGCCGGGCGGCGGGGCGCGGGCCUGGGGGCGCAGGCUCUGCAGCCACGCUGCUGAUCCAGGUGACCUGGCGACCAGGCCCGCGAGCAGGACACUGGAAAGCCCCUUGCCCCAGAGCCAGCUUUGAACUUCUCAAGGCACCGUCCCAAAGCCGGCCUUCCCUGUCGUCUCCCUGAGCUCAGGGCCUGGAGAGGGCGCGCCGCCGCGGAUUCAAAUUGGAGAGCAGAGCCGCCGCGGGAAGCGAGAGGCGAGGCGAGACCCGCAGGAGAGCCCCCGGCUCUCCAGCCUGAGUUGGCUGCCUGCGGAACAAGAGAGCUGCAGAGAGCCGGGCUUAAGAACCUGUUUAUGAAGCGUCUCCUUCCGUGACCGAGCUCCGCCAUCAGUGCGACAUAAAUGGCCCGACUUCCCCCUGGCAUUCGCUUCAUCGUCUCGUUCUCCAGGGAUCAGUGGUACCGAGCCUUCGUUUUUAUUUUGACAUUUUUGCUGUAUGCAAGUUUUCACUUAUCUCGAAAGCCUAUCAGCAUCGUUAAGGGUGAGCUGCACAAGUACUGCACUGCUUCUAAUGAGGCCGAAGUCAGAUUCAACGGCCAGAGCCAAAAAACCAGCGACACCCCAGCUCACCAGCUCCCAGACAAUGAGACCAACUGCGGCUGGGCCCCGUUUGAUCAGGACAACUACCAGCAGCUGCUGGGGGCCCUGGAUUACGCCUUCCUGUGCGCCUACGCCGUCGGCAUGUACCUGAGCGGGAUCAUAGGGGAACGUCUGCCAGUGCGGUACUACCUGACGUGUGGCAUGCUGGCCAGUGGUGCUUUUACAGCCCUGUUCGGGUUCGGCUAUUUCUACAGCAUCCACAGUUUUGGUUUCUACGUGGUCACUCAGAUCGUCAACGGACUGGUACAGACCACCGGCUGGCCCAGCGUCGUCACCUGCCUCAGCAACUGGUUUGGAAAAGGGAGGCGGGGUUUGAUCAUGGGAGUCUGGAAUUCCCACACCUCUGUGGGCAACAUUUUGGGGUCCUUGAUCGCUGGCUACUGGGUGUCCACCUGCUGGGGCCUGUCCUUCAUCGUGCCCGGGGCCGUGGUGGCAGCCAUGGGGCUGGUGUGCUUUCUCUUUCUCAUCGAACAUCCCAGAGACAUCGCCUGCUCGUCCUCGCUGGCCAUGCAUCCUAAAGGCUACGAGAACGGCACGCACAGGUUUCGGCUGCAGAAGCAAAUCUUAACGGAGGAGAAGAACAAGCCCCUGGACCCAGAGACGCAGUGCUUACUGCUGUCGGAUGGAAAGCGCUCGGGCCACCAGAACCACGUGGUCGUGCUCCCGGACGGCGGCAGUGGCGUGGCCGCCAUCAGCUUCAUGGGGGCCUUGAAAAUCCCCGGCGUGGUGGAGUUCUCUCUGUGUUUGCUGUUCGCCAAGCUGGUCAGCUACACCUUCCUCUUCUGGCUCCCGCUGUACAUCACCAACGUGGACCACCUGGACGUCAAGAAGGCCGGGGAGCUCUCCACGCUCUUUGACGUGGGCGGGAUCUUUGGUGGGAUCCUGGCGGGUGUGAUCUCAGACCGACUGGAGAAGAGGGCCUCCACCUGCGGCCUGAUGCUGCUGCUCGCGGCCCCGACGCUCUACGUGUUCUCUGCUGUCAGCAGAAUCGGUCUGGAAGCCACCAUAGUCAUGCUGCUGCUCAGCGGGGCGCUGGUCAGCGGGCCCUACGCUCUCAUCACCACCGCCGUCUCCGCCGACCUGGGGACUCAUAAAAGUCUGAAAGGAAACUCCCACGCCCUCGCCACCGUGACUGCCAUCAUCGACGGGACGGGGUCUGUGGGGGCGGCCCUGGGCCCGCUGCUGGCGGGGCUCAUCUCGCCGUCUGGAUGGCACAACGUCUUCUCCAUGCUGAUGCUCGCCGACGCCUGUGCCUUAUUGGAAAAAAGGUUAUCCGGUAAACCGUGAAAAUAAACACAGUUAAUAUGACUAAAGAUGUCACAGAAGGAACUGUGUUCGUGAGAAAAGAACAAGACUGAAAAAAGAGCUGGUGAGAUACAGAUACAAGGAAGCCGUCUGGAUGCAGCUGCAGAGAGAAAGACGAGAGUGUCAGGGAGCAGACGGGGCGGACGGCCUGGCACGGCCCACGGGGGUCCAGGAAGAACCCACUGUUGAAGGAAAAGAGCUGAGAACCAAAGCAGCCACUACAACGCCAACGCCGCGGGAAAGGGCCCAGCAGACAGCGGAUGGACCGACUCUCCAGUCACCGGCGGACUUGGCCUGGCCUGGAAAUCCAGACUGACUCCGAUAUUGACAGGAAACACACCCGAAAUGCCAGAACCCAGAAAGGACGGGGGGGAAGAUUGACAGCAGGCAGACAGCCACGGUGAGGCUGCGGGACUGGGGAGGCCAGGCGGCCACCAGGACCAGUCUUUUCAGCCCUAAAGACCAGAGACACCACCUCUUGGCGUCUCAGUGGACCAGUUUCCCCUCCUUCCAAGGCUGGACCUCGGUGAGCCCAGCAGGUCACGUGGGGACCUCAAGACCAACUGGGCUGUGACCUCACCUGGGGACCGUGACGGUGCCCGGGGACCGUGACCGCACCUCGGGGCGAGUGCAGAGCCCCGGGCCUGCCCCUCCGUCCACACUCCAUUACUCGGGGCUGCAGCCCCCUGGGCAGGCUCCUGGGAGGGCACUGCCCAGGGACAGCCACGUGUCACGUCUGAGGAGCUGGUGUCUGACCUCCAGCGUUGUCGGGGCUGCACACAGGGCAGCCCAGCCCUCUGGGAGCACUCAGCGUGUCCUUCCCUCCUUCCGCCAGAAAAUGGUUCUGUGCUGGUCCCACUGGGUGGGAUUCGUGCCGAGGACUCAGCAGGCGGCGGGCGCUGGAGGUUCGGGCUCCCGAGAGCAGAUUAUUGAACUGGAACGCGACAAUCGCCGGCAGCCUGGCCUGUAGCACCUGCCGAGUCCCCACACGCUGGCUUUGGGACACGGCCAUCGUAGGGGACCCGGGGGCUCCUCCUGAACCUUCAGCACCCUGUCUUGCAGCGCCCCGGCCUCAGGAUGGCACCGCGUGGCUGCGGGUGGUGUUAAAGCAGCCCCUCGAAGCUCUCCAGCAACACCCCCCACCUCGGGCCCGGGGGCACCCACAGCUUUCCAGGAAGCAGGACCACCUGAGCCAGGGUUUCCCUCAGGAGCCCCUGUCAAAACCUGGGCACAGCUCGCUGUGGGGGCACCGUUCUGGAGGGGCUGCCACGCUUGGGGAAGACCUAGGUCCCCGCUGCACGCAGCUCAGCUGGGGCGAUGCGGCCCGCGCUGAUCAGGACGCAUGAGCUGACUCCGCCCUCUAGGCCGUGGGCAGGAGCUGCUGAUUCAUUUACCUCGAGACCAAGGCCGAGGCCACGGACCAGCAGCGGGCUCUGGGGAGGCCUGGCCGUGCUCUCCCAGAAGCUUGCCCGUGGACCAGGGCUGCCCAAGGAUGGCUCUGCAGGCUGUCCGUGCCAAUGGCUGGUGACGGCUCGCCUGCCCUCCAGAGUCACCCGUGCAGCGCUCCAGCCUCCCCCAGUGUCUCUGUGACCGUGUCCUUCUUACUCACUUCCCCAUGUGGGCAUUUUAUGAUUGGACUGGCUUCAAGGCAGCCCUGCCCUGGGACCAGGCCCUCGGGAUGGCAGUGCCCGUGAGGCCCCCGCCGCUCCUCUGCUGAGGCUCUGAAGUCCUUCGCUUUCUGAAGAAGAGGCACCUCCACGGGGCAGCCCCCCACCCCGCCCACUAUGCACUUGAGCGCCAAGCCGGGUGGGCUCCAGCACCUCCCCGGGGACAGCACGGUGUCCGCGCAGGGUCUCCCGGUGGUGACAGUGGCCUUGUCUUUG